AUGUCUGGUCCACUUGUAUUCAAUGGCUCCUGUGCCAGAGUUUUUCCGCAUCAGGACUAUACAGUCGCAUGGGUGUGUGCAUUGUCGCUGGAGAAGGCCGUUGCGGAGGCCAUGCCAGAUGAGAAGCAUCCCAGUUUAUCAACCAAUCCGGGCGAUGGUAACAAUUAUAUACUCGGUAGAAUAUUUGAUCACAAUGUCGUUAUUGCUUGCCUGCCAUCGGGCGUCUAUGGGACAACUUCGGCUGCGAAGGUGGCAACACAAAUCCGUGCCACUUUUGAAUCAAUUCGAUUCAGCCUUACGGUUGGGAUUGGGGGCGGUGUUCCAAGUGCACAAGAUGAUAUUCGCCUAGGCGAUUUUGUUGUCAGUAAACCGACCAGAGACUUUGGCGGUGUUAUACAAUUCGAUUACGGAAAAGCUACAUCCGGCGGGCAGUCCGAGCGCACAGCUAUGCUCCUAACGCAAUUUCUCAAAUUCAAGCAAUUCAUAUGUCAGGACCCAAACAAAUUCGCAUAUUUUGGAGAAAACCACGACCAGCUGUUUGACUUUGAGUAUGAACAUGAGGAGUCGCAAAGCACUUGCAAUAUAUGUGACAAAGAUAAUAGCCCUGUUGUUCAUUACGGCCUUGUUACAUCCGGGAACCAAAUGGAAGCAGAUGGCUUGAUGGAUAGCUUCCCAUGUCUAGUUAUUAGAGGUAUUUGCGACUACUCCAACUCACACAAGAACAAGCAGUGGCAGCCAUAUGCGGCGGCCGUUGCAGCUGCCUAUGAGACAGAGCUUAUUUCAGUAAUCCACGAGAGCCGGGUGGCGGAAACACCACUUUAUACUUCAAUUACUAGCUUUUAUGUUUAUCAAGGCAUGUUUCAGUCACAUGGACAACCAUCUUCAGGAUGGAUUUCCAAUCGAGGUAUUGCACCAUUCCCAGCAUGA